AAGACUGGAUGACUUAACCCGACGGAGCCGCCGGUGGGAGGCUCGGGCGGGCGCCGGUGUCCGCGUAGGCCCUGCUCGCCCAGCCGCCGCCGCCCGCCCGGUGACCAUGAUAGUAUUUGUCAGGUUCAACUCCAGCCAUGGUUUCCCAGUGGAGGUCGAUUCUGACACCAGCAUCUUCCAGCUCAAGGAAGUGGUUGCUAAGCGACAGGGGGUUCCAGCUGACCAGCUGCGUGUGAUUUUUGCUGGGAAGGAGCUUCAGAAUGGCCUGACGGUGCAGGGCUGUGACCUGGAACAGCAGAGCAUCGUUCACAUUGUGCAGAGACCGUGGAGGAAAGAUCAGGAAACAAAUGCCUCUGAAGGGGACAAAGCCCGAAACACCUUGGGGGGCUCUGCUCGGGAGCCCAAGAGUUUGACCCGAGUGGACCUCAGCAGCUACAUCCUGCCAGCGGACUCGGUGGGGCUGGCGAUUGUUCUGGACCCAGACAGUAGGACUGGUUCUGCCAUAGCCAGCAAUCCAGCAGUUAAACCAACCUACAACAGCUUCUAUGUCUACUGUAAAGGCCCCUGUCACAGGGUCCAGCCGGGAAAGCUCCGAGUUCAGUGCGGCACCUGCAAACAAGCGACCCUCACCUUGGCCCAGUUGAGAAGACCAGGGCUUAAAGAGAUUCAGGCAUUUAUCCAAGAAAACCACAGCCUGUGGAACGGGAGUUUGAAUCUGGACAGGCUUCAUCUAGGCUGCCAGACUUUGGCCAGCUCCUUCCAAAGAAGCAGAAGCCUUCGUUCCCUCUACCUCAGUCGUUCAGAGGUGAACCCAUUCCCAACUCAGGGCAUCACUCCGCAUGAAGUCCCAGCAGCCUGUUCUCCUGGACCAUUCCGAAGAGAGAUGAUCUGGUGUUAGGCAAAGGUCCUGGUUCCCGCCCUUCUCACAUGCUUUCCUCAGGACCACCCAAGAUUAAUUGUUCGCCAGGAGUCUGCUUGCUUGGAAAGCUGCCCUCCCAUCUUCGUAAUGAAUUAAACUCUUGGAAUAUAUCUAAGCUUACUUUCAAAUUGUAGCAUCAGAUGUUUCUGCCCAAGUGUGGGUUUCUCCCCUCUGUGCUCUUUGUCAU